AUGGCGAACGAAGGUACUCAUACUGAGACCUUAGCUCCGGUCGAGUCACAUCUUUUCGAGAAUCGGCUUGUUGAUGCUAGCCAACAUCAGACAUCUUCAUAUGCUACCACAACAUCUGGACCUGAAGCUGUAUCAUGGACUGUUCAGAGCUCCACGACAAAUGGAGUUUAUUCUAAUCCAACCUACCAGUAUGAUCAGCAUCCGCAGCCACCUGGAAGAAGCGUUCAAGAAGGUCAAAGUGUAUCAUCAGUUGCUGGUAAUACAUCAAAUUUGGGAACAGCUAAUACACCGCAAGAUUACAAUGCAUACACAUCAUAUGCAAAUUCUUCUAAUCCAUAUGGUUAUGGCAGCAGUACGGGAUACUCAGGCUACUAUAACAGCUAUCAGCAGCAGCAACCUAAUCAUGCUUAUUCACAGCCUGUAGGAGCAUAUCAAAAUACAGGUGCUCCUUAUCAGCCUAUUUCUUCCUUUCAGAGUACUGGGUCUUAUGCUGGAUCCGCAACUUAUUCAAGCACUUAUUACAAUCCUGCUGAUUAUCAGACUACUGGAGGUUACCAAAACAGCAAUGGAUACACAAAUCAAGCGCCGGUGUGGAACAAUGGCAGUUAUUCAAGUUAUUCCUCUCAUCCAUAUACAAGUUACGCACCAGAUUCCAAUAGCUCUUAUAAUUCUGGUGCUGCAGCAACUUCAGUGCAGUAUCAGCAACAAUACACACAAUGGGCAGACUAUUACAACCAAACAGAAGUCAGUUGUGCCCCAGGGACAGAGAACUUGACUGUCCCAAGUUCAUCUACUUUGGGAUGUCCCGUUCCUGCAGCUACUAGUGGUUAUGCAACUCCAAAUAACCAGCCACCACAAUCAUAUCCACAAUUCUGGGGGCAAGAGUCCAGCACUCCUGCUGUGCCUUCUUUUCAGCCUGCUGCAGUAAAUAGUGGUGAUUAUGACAGUUACUGGAAACAUGGCGCCCAAACUAGUUCCCAAAUUCACCAAACUAGUUCUCAAAUUGUCCAAACUAAUCCUAUUCAACCAAACUAUCAAAGUCAUUUGGAUUUAAAUUCUUCUUAUGAUAAAUUUCAGGAUCAACAGAAGACAGUAACUUCUCAAGGAACCAAUUUGUACUUUCCUCUUCCUCCCCCUCCCCCUCUCCCUCAACAGGUUAAUCCGGCGCCCUUACAAAGUGCUCCAUCUUUGGAUACAAAACAAGUAAGCAAGUUUCAGAUUCCCACAAAUCCUCGAAUUGCUUCAAAUUUGGCCUUUGAACAAUCUAAGACCGAGAAAGAUAGCUCCACAUCCAGUGCAGCAAUGAAACCUGCUUAUAUUGCUGUUUCUUUGCCCAAGCCAACUGAGAAAGUAUCAUCUAAUGCUGCUGCUAAUUCUAUACUUAAGCCCGGUAUGUUCCCCAAGUCUUUGCGCGGCUAUGUUGAAAGAGCCUUGGCUCGUUGUAAAGAUGAUAAGCAAAUGGCAGCAUGCCAGGCUGUCAUGAAAGAGAUGAUCACUAGGGCUACAGCUGAUUGUACCCUUUGCACACGAAAUUGGGAUAUGGAACCACUUUUCCCAAUGCCGGAUGCAGAUGCGGUCAAUAAAGAUAAUUCGCUAUCUUCUACCCAUGAUUUUGUAUUGCCAAAAUCUAAAAAAAGUCCUAGGCGGUCUAAAAGUAGGUGGGAGCCAUUAGCAGAGGAGAAGCCGGUCGACCAUCCAGUGCCAAUAAGUAAUGAUACUGUAAAAUACAGUAGUUGGGUACCUAAUGAAAAGGAUAGAAAGGUGGUAGUGGAAAACAAAGAGACCAAGGAAGACAGUUGGAGGAAUACAAAAUUUUCUCCAUUUUUGCAGAGAAUAUCAAUUAAGUCUCCCCAAAGGCCAUUUAAGAAGCAGCGUCUUGUGGAUGUUUCUAUUGGUCAUGAAAAUAGUAAUGCAUCUAGUGAUAGUGAUAAGGAACAAAGUUUGGCAGCAUAUUAUUCUGCGGUUAAUGAUACACCAGAGGAAUUGAAAAGACGUGAGAUUCGUUCUAAGCGAUUUGAUUUAGGGCAAGCACAACGAACAGAAAAUAACCACUCAAGGAAAAAAAAUGCUAGAGCUGGAAACUUGUACAAUAGAAGGGCUAGUGCUCUGGUGCUUAGCAAAAGCUUUGAUGAUGGUGUCAGCAAAGCUGUUGAGGAUAUUGACUGGGAUGCUCUUACUGUAAAGGGUACCUGCCAGGAAAUUGAAAAGAGAUACCUGCGUCUAACAUCGGCACCAGAUCCCGCCACUGUAAGACCUGAAGAGAUUCUUGAAAAAGCACUAUUAAUGGUUCAAAAUUCCCAAAGGAAUUACCUUUAUAAAUGUGACCAGUUAAAGUCUAUUCGCCAAGACCUAACUGUGCAAAGAAUACACAACCAACUAACAGUCAAGGUGUAUGAAACUCACGCCCGGUUGGCACUGGAAGUUGGGGACCUACCCGAAUACAAUCAGUGUCAAUCCCAGCUAAAGGCUCUUUAUGCUGAAGGGAUUGAGGGGUCGUAUAUGGAAUUUGCUGCGUACAACUUGCUUUGUGUUAUUAUGCAUUCAAAUAAUUACAGAGAACUCCUAUCAUCAAUGGCAAGGUUAUCUGUCGAUUCAAAGAAGGACGAAGCUGUAAAACAUGCCCUGGCAGUUCGUGCAGCUGUAACUUCGGGAAAUUAUGUUGCAUUCUUUAGAUUGUACAAAGCAGCUCCUAACUUAAACACGUGCCUUAUGGAUCUAUAUGUUGAAAAGAUGCGGUAUAAAGCUGUGACCUGCAUGUGCCGAUCAUAUCGGCCAACCUUACCCGUUUCUUACGUCUCUCAGGUUCUUGGAUUCUCAACUGCCGUUCCCUUAAAUGAAGCAAACGAUGAGAAAGAGGCUUCCGCUUUGGAAGAGUGUUUAGAAUGGUUGAAAGCGCAUGGUGCCAGCAUAAUAACCGAUAACAAUGGAGACAUGAUGCUUGACACAAAAGUCUCAUCCACUAGUUUGUUUGUGCCAGAGCCAGACGAUGCUGUGUCCCACGGAGAUGCCAACCUUGAUGUUAAUGAUUUUUUAGCCAAGGCACCUUUAUAG